CAGAUAAAACAGAGGGCGAGAUAGGGAGGGGUUUCACGUUUUACGGCAGAUCCAGUAGCAGGGCCGAGAACUGCGGAGACCCGGUUAGAUCGGAUGGUACAGGGGAUCCAGGGAGAGAGAAGAACUGACAUGCUUGGCGAAAGCUUGACCACGCGGCGUCUAAACAACCUUGACCUUGACCUUGGUUUUGUGGGUGUUAUGACGAAACGGAAUACGAUGUGGGUUCGUAUGACUAGCACCAACUGUCUCCCGUAUAAUUCAAGCUAUGGCCGCUUGAGUUUAUUCGCCCCGUCAACUCUACCUCUCUUUCAUGUUCACAGCGGCUUGAUGAUACCACCAUGCGGUCUCACAACCACUUGCUGCGCGGCGUGCUAACGUUCGUGGCCAUCUUGACUUUUUGCAUUCUUCUUACAACAAUAUUUCAUAUCAAAAUAUCAGACAGUCUUUCAAUCACACCAAUUCAAGAACGGCCUUUCUUUUAUGAGGAGCAACCCCCACCUGAAGACCCAAAUCGCUCCGAACCGCCAAAGAAGACAUCGCCAAAGGAGCCUUUCCAUCGACGACCUCAACACAAAGACGAUAAUGAUAAGAAAAAGGAUCAAUCGAAUACUCAAGAUGACUACUACGAUCUCCGCCUCGACCGUGGCGACGAUGCUGAGGAUAAACCAUACUACGACUACCAUCUCUUGACCAGUCUACGGAAUAACAUGGGCUUUUACAACAAGAUUGAUGCGAGAAAGACUGGUCAUAAGCUUUUUAAUCCGACAAUACUUGAGCUUCCUCGCGAUGCUAAUAUCACUCAUGACUUUCUCGUCAUCGCUCGCACAACGCAUGUCGCAAAGGAAAUCAACGGCAAAAAGUACAAAGUUGCUCGUCAAGUCGCUACCUUUGCGAACCUGACCACCAACUACCUUGACCGACCUGUCAUCAGGACCGGUGAAUGGUCUACACUGCUGCUGGAGGACUUUGGUGGACCCGAACACCACUGCAAGAGACAACCCGACAUGGAUAAGUACGUCGGCCCAGAAGACAUGAAACUAUUCUGGACACGCGCCGGCGAACCUCUUCUCAUUUUCACUCAUCAAGUCGACGAUGAGACAAUGUGUCAAGGCCAAUUCCUCAUUGACGUGCGCGCCGCCCUCCCCGAGCUCGAACAAGCCCUCGGCCCCGACUUUUCAUCCCGUCUUCCCCCAAUCCGCUUCGCCGAACCAACAGGUCUCGCUCGCGAACCAGCACCAGGCCAAGAAAACCACCCUCGAUACCAGCGCGAGAAGAACUGGGCGCUAGCUCAGUCCCCCUUCAGUCCAGACUCCGAGCUUCUAAUGAUGGUGGAGCCGGGACAAUUAUUCCGUUGGAAAUCCGCCGACGAGCCCGUCGAACCCAUCGUCGCGGUUGACGACCAGCAAUCAGCUGUUGAAGAACCGUACCCACCGACGGCGAAGCCGGGAAAGACUUGGCACGGCAAGAAGAGGAAGACAUGCAUCCACGACGUCAUGAUCGACGAUAGCCACGUCCACCAGAGCUCACCCAUGCUAAGUGUCACAAUGUGCAACCGCGGAACAUGCGAACCCGAUGAGCAAAACACCGUGUUGAUGGGCAUCGUGCAGCGCCGACAAGACUUCCCGGGCGCUUCGUUUACAUGGUAUGACCGUCGGAUAGCAGUGUACGAAUCAGUAGCGCCGUACCGCAUGAUCAGCGUCGGCAAGAAGCUCACGUACCACGGGGAAUCGGACCUCAGCUAUUCAUGGACGGGCUCCAUGUCGUACUACACCAACCAGACCGAGUUCCCACCGUCGAACCACGGAUAUCUCGACGAUGAGGUCUGGCUGGGCUUUGGCGUCAAGGAUGCAGCCGCUGGGUGGCUGGAUGUUCGGGCCAAGGAUCUCAUUGCAGAUCAUUACAUGUGUCAGGGGGCAUCGGUGGAAUACAGGUAUUAUAGACAGGGUAUUUCGGCAUAGCGCGGUGUGUUUUUUUUUUUUUGGGUUGGCGUUAGAGGGACUAGACUACGGACACUGCUUCUCUUUGUUCUGUUGACUAGAGAUGAUUCGAUACCAAAUUUUAAUAUUUUGAUAAUCAUGAAUAUCCUGUGUUGGUUGUUUGAUGUUUGUCAGACUAUUGAUGGACAGAUUUUGUUAGUGUCGGUCAACUGCCGAAACAGGCUUAGACGCAAGGGGUAAACGAAACGGUAGUUGGUGCAAUACGAGAAUUUCAAAUGGAGAUA